AUGGACACCUCAGUCACCACUUGGUUCCUGGUUCUGAGCUCAGCUCUGUUCCCGGGAGGAACUGGUGCCACACCCUCCAUCCAAUCCAGGAUCAUAGGGGGCUGGGAAUGUGAGAGGCACUCCCAACCCUGGCAAGUAGCUGUAUGCCAUAACAACACAUUCAAGUGUGGCGGUGCCCUGAUACACCCCCAGUGGGUGCUCACGGCCACCCAUUGCAUCAGCAAUAAUUACCAGCUCUUUCUGGGUCGCCAUAGUCUUUCUAGGCCAGAACACUCAGGUCAGCGUAACUACGUCAGCCAGAGUUUCCCACACCCAAAUUUCAACAUGAGCCUUCGAAACAAACAGUUUCCAGGGGCGGACUACAGCCAUGACCUGAUGCUACUCCGCCUGGCAUGGCCUGUCCUGAUCACAGACACUGUUAAGGUUGUGGACCUACCCACCAAGGACCCCAAGAUGGGAAGUUCCUGCUUCACCUCUGGCUGGGGCAAAGUCCUUCCAGCUGAAAUUCUGGACAGUCUUCAGUGCGUGGACCUAAACAUCCUACCUAAUGACAACUGUGGUAACACCUACUUACAGAAAGUGACAAAGUUUAUGCUGUGUACCGGGCACCUAAAAGGUGGUAAAGCUACCUGCCAGGGUGACUCUGGGAGCCCAUUGGUCUGUAAUGGUGUGCUUCAAGGAAUAGCAUCAUGGGGUGCUGGUUCAUGUUCCCCCCAUAAGUUCCCUAGUGUCUUCGCCAGACUGACAUUGUAUUUGGACUGGAUCAGGAACACCAUGGUGUCCAACUCUUGA